AUCGGUGGAGGUUUAGUGAAACUGCUCUGGGUGAGAGAGAGAGUGCGGAGGGCUGAGCUAAACACGAGCUUUUGGGCUUUAGAUGUCGAAGCCCAUACUGAACAUCCCAGUCCUUAAGAAAAAAACACUUGUAUUUGCAAUAAAUAUCGUGUUGAGCUGUAUAGAUACAUAGACCGUCGAAGUGAUGGGGGGCAAUGGCAGCUCGCGCCACGUUUCCUUCGACCCUGCCUAUGAUGAGGAGCAGGGGGUUACAUUCGUGAAGGGCAUUAGGCUUUCACAAAGAGUGAUUGAUCGUAUGAAGGAGUCUCCACCUGUGGUUCACCCGCAAGCUUCACCCAAAUCCUCCACCCAGUCAACAGCUCCUGUAGCUCCUCCGGCUGAGCGAUUGGUUCCAGGUGAACAUCAUGUACCCAUAAUCCCUCAUCCUCCCUCAUAUGCCAGUACUUUGGUUCCUCCUCCCGUUUCAGAGCCAAUAACACAUUUCGUGCCUUUAGUAACUGGGACUGAGGAAACAUCCGCACCACCUUCAAAUCACCUAAAGUCACCUGAAAGUCUUCCAAAUCCUCCGCCUACAGGUGAUGAGCAUGUAGUUAUACUUGUACCUGACCCUCAACCUGCUGUGCCGCCUGCUGAACCCAUAAAUGCUCCUUCAGCAGUGUCAAGUGAAUCAUUAACUGCUUCUCCACGUAUAGAACCCCUAACACCACCUCCUUCCAUAACCUCGAGUACUGAACCUGUCGCCAUUCCUCCUUCACCAACCACAGACCCACUUACUGAACCUGUAACACCUAUAGGGUCCUCUGUUGAACCUGUAACACCUAUAGGGUCCCCUGUUGAAGCUGUAACACCUAUAGCAUCCUCUGUUGAACCUGUAACACCUAUAGGGUCCUCUGUUGAACCCGUAAGACAUAUAGAAUCCUCUUUUGAACCCGUAACACCUAUAGGCUCCUCUGUUGAACCCAUAACACCUAUAGGGUCCUCUGUUGAACCCGUAACACCUAUAGGGUCCUCUGUUGAACCCGUAACACCUAUAGGGUCCUCUGUUGAAGCUGUAACACCUAUAGGGUCCCAUGUUGAAGCUGUAACACCUAUAGGGUCCCCUGUUGAACCUGUAACACCUAUAGGGUGCCCUGUUUUAGCUGUAACACCCAUAGGGUCCCCUGUUGAAGCUGUAACACCUAUAGCGUUCUCUGUUGAACCCGGUCCUCUGUUGAACCCAAAAUAUGUUGUGUGUAUGUGGUUUUCUGUUGAACCUGAGGUUUCAACCUCCCCAAUCGCCAAACCUGCUCCCAUUCACUCUGUCUUGGAGGAGUCGGCUGUUUCGCAAUCUGGAUCUGCUUCAUCUGUGGUUUUGCCUGAUGAAAUGCCUUGCAAGAUGCAAAUGGGUCUACUUUCCACUGGAGAUCCUGCAGUUCCUCGUGUUCACCUGGUUGAGGAACCUGUUACGCCUCAACUCGAGGUCUUUCCACUGCAAACACAUGUUGUGAAUGAGGAAAAGCUCAAAAGGCAGCUCAGAGAAGAUCUCCAGAAGCUCCUGAAUGAGGAAAUGAAGAUGGCAGAGCGUAACAUGCGACAACAGCUGGAGGAAGAGAAAGCUAAAGCGAAGGCCCAAGCUCAAGCUGCAGCCCGACUCCAGAUUCAGGACGAGGUCAGGAAGCUUCUGGAAGAGGAGAAGGCAUCCUAUCAACAGACUCUAGCAGAUGCCAUUAGGAUGGAGCAGCUGAAGGUCCAGGAUGAGCAUCUCAUAACUCAGUAUUACUGGAUGGAGAGGAAGGCUCAGAACCUGGAGGAGAAGGAGAAAGAUCUGGAAAAUCAGGACGCUUUGUUUCGGGAGCAGAUUGCCAAGAUGCAGGAAAAGAUGGCUCGGUUCACAAAAGUUACUGCUGAAAAUUACAAGAAAGGCUUAGAGGACGCACACAACCGCUUCAGGCGAUGCCAAAUCAAACCAGUGUGUUCAGAUCUGCAGAGUCAGAUACUGAAGUGUUACGCUGAGAAUAAAGGUCAAACUAUGAGCUGUUCCAGCAUCGCAUCACUGUACAUUCAGUGUGUGGACCGUGCCAGACAGGAUAAAAAGCUGAGCACCGGAGGUUAGCUCACUGGACUGAACGUCAGAUCUGCAGUGUCAUGGUGAAAGAAAAAAGGCCAUCGCUGCAAACACACACACACAUCUAAACGGAUCCUUUCUUACACAUUUCAGCAGUUUUAAAUAUGCAUUCUCUUGAAUAUGAGCCAUUAUUGGACCACUUUGGAGAAAUACCUCAACUAGUUUCAGACUCUUGUAACUGUGAACCCCUAAAUGGUUUCAGGUGCUAUUGAAUGCUUUGUUUGUGUGUGGAGAUAAUAGUGAUUUCUUCUGUGUUCCUUCUUGUUUUAAAAUAGUGCAUGACCAAAAAGUACAAAGCGAUGCACAAUCUGGAAGCUGCUGUCUGAUGACAUGUUUUUGCAUAGUAAAGAGUUUGUGCCUUUUCCUUUGAUACCUAAUUUUAUGGAUAUUUUGGAUAAAUGUGAUUGAAAUCCAACCUCUGCUGCUAAAAUCCAUUUAAAUGUGUAAAAUGGGUAUUAAAGGAAUAGUUCACCCAAAAAUAAAAAUUUGCUGAAAAUGCACGCA